AUCUGCAGUCAGCUGAGGGACCAUCUGUGGCGCUGGCAAAGUGAAGAGGGUGAUGACAUCUUCGUGCUCUAAAUUAAAUAACUGUUGAAGUGAGAAUUGAAAUGCAUCAAAAGAGCUCAACUUGGCGAACCAGGUCUGAUUGGGACGUGAAUGAAUGAAUGAAACUAGCAAGAUUGAAGAUAGCUAGCUAAUGUAAUGAUUAACUAAACUAGCCAGAGAGGAAGCUAGCUAGCUGGAGAGCUACCGUUAACGUUAGUUAGCUGACAGCACUUGAUGUCGUAGCUAGCUCAUCAGCGAAAAUCGGAAUUGAAAAUGCUUGACAGAUAUUGACAUGAUCAAUAUAAUGGACGACACUCCAUCUUUUAAUCCAAGGAUGUGACUGGGGAUGAGAUAAAUAACCAUGGAAACGCCUGAGUUACCUCUUGAGAACUGUUGUAAAAGACCUGGUGGUCCAAUCAACUUCCUGUCUAGAUCGUCACCUACAUCCUAAGUUUCCUCAAAGCAUCAGACAGGAAGGAAGCCUCUCUGGUCUGCUGGAGCUGGUAUGAUGCGAGCCAAGACCUCCAAUUUCAGAGGAAUGACACCUUCAAGUUCCCAGCCUCUAUCUCCUCCCUGGAUCUGAUCCGGGGCCUGAGUAGGCGUUCCCGCUGCAGCCUGGUCAUAAGCCAUCUGGAUGGGUCCAGUAUGUCCCGGGCUGUGCUUCAGGAGAUAGGGCUCCAUCUAGGCCCUCGGCUGGAGAGCCUGGCCCUGCCAGGAAGCAGCGUGACCGAGUCUUCCCUCCUGGCCCUGCUGCCCCACCUGACCGCCCUGCGCAGGCUUGACCUCCGUGGCCUGGACAGCCUCUUCAUGUCUGGAGCCUUCCUGUCCAAAGAAGAGCACCGCCAGCAGGUGCGGGUAGCUUUAGCAGGUCUUGAGGAGCUGGAUCUCUCUGACCUGCGCUAUCUAUCAGACCUCACCUUCAACCGGCUCACGGGCUGCACUCUCAGACUUCGCCGUCUCUCCCUGGCCGGCUGCCACAUCGCCUUUGAGUUUGACCCGUACCGUGGCUGCCCUGUGGGGCCUGACUCCUCUGCCCUGCUCUCCCUACGGAACCUCCGCAGGCUGCUGCAGGAGCAGGCCUCCACCGUGCGGGGGUUGGACCUGAGCAGAACUAGCAUCACCCCAGAGUCGCUGCGCUCCGUGGCCCAGGUAGGGGGCCUGUCUCUAGAGGAGCUGCGUCUGCGGGGCUGCAAGGAGCUGACCGACUACUCUGUGGAGGUGCUCUGCAAGCACCAGCCUGGCCUCCGGAUCCUGGACCUCAGCGCCUGUACAGAGCUCACCAGCCGGGCUGUACUGGCUGUGGCCCUGGGCCUGAAGGGCCUCCGGUUCCUCUCUUUGUCCCGGGACUGGAGGAUGACGGAUAAAGGGCUGGCUGACCUGAUGAUGCUGCCGGAGCUGAGGACCCUGGAUCUGUCUGAGUGCCUGCAUGUCAGUGGGGCUGAGAUAGUGAAAGGGCUCUCUGCCCUGGAGCCCAGGGCACGGUUGGAGACACUCAGCUUCAAGAGCUGCACCUAUAUCAGGGACCUGGCUGUGUUCUCUCUGGCUCGGCUGCUGGGCUCUAGUUUGCGGGAGCUGGACCUCACCUCCUGCGUCUACCUCACAGACCUUAGCGUGCGUGCUAUCGCCACCUACCUGCCCGGGCUGGUGGUGCUGCGACUGGGCUGGUGCAAGGAGAUCACAGACUGGGGGCUGCUGGGCAUGGUGGAGCUCACCAAGGAGUGUGAGCCCAGCAAGGAAAUGGAGGACAAGGGGCCCAGCUUCACCCGUACUUUUGGAAAUAUGGGUUUCUUCCGGCCUCCCAGCAUGCCCUUCCAGGAGAAGCCCCGGCUGGUGACGGACGAGGACCUGGGGGUGUUCAAGGAACAGGAGGGGUCCUCACUGCUGGCCCUCAGGAGCCUCCAGGAGCUCGACCUGUCUGCCUGCUCCAAACUCACUGACAGCAGCAUCACACAGGUGCUGCGUUAUCCAGACCUCCAGCGCCUCUCUCUCUCCAUGCUGCCUGAGAUCAGUGAUGACAGCCUGGCGUCGGUGGCCUACCACUGCCGCAGCCUCACCAGCCUGGCACUCAGCCACUGCCCCCAGAUCAGUGACCAGGGUAUCGCCCGCGCCGCCCCCUACCUCGCCAGGCUGCAGCACCUCUACCUGUCCUGCUGCGACGCAGUCACAGAUAGGUCUCUCUUCAUGCUCGUCCAACACUGUAAGAGACUGCGGACGCUGGACAUCUCCAUGUGUAAAGACAUCUCCAUAACAACGGUGGACCUCCUCCAAUCCCAGCUGCCCUUCCUAGAGAAUGUCCACUGCCGCUUUGUGGGCGGAGCUGACCUGACCCUCACACUCUGAUAGGGUUCUGACUAGGUGGAGUACAGCUACGACUAGAAGGUACUUUUUCGUACCAGGUUAGGAGAAUGAUGUUAAGGUUAGCUAAAAUGUUAUCCUAACCUGCUACGAAAAGUAACUUCUGGUCGUAGCUGUACUCAAUUUAGUCACAACCGUCUGAUACGUUGAAUGUUCCCAACAACAACAAAUGAAUGAAUCACUAAAUUGAAUCACAAUUUAGUACCUGCUCUUAUUAUCCAGAGUUUAUUUGUAAUAGAUUCAGUAAUUUAUCUUAGUUUUAACCCCUGUAAAGCCUAAUAUGGGAUGUAUGUAUUACUCAGUAAGGACCCAUAUGGCCAGUGUCUUAGACUCAAAUUUAAGUCUUUAAUUAAAAGUCAUUCUCAUUGGAGAAUCUGCAUUGUAAAGGUAUUUUAGGCCAGGAUUCAGUCCGAUUGCGCCAUUUCCAGGUCAUUUGCGAUUGAGCCGACAUGGCGCAUUCACCGUGAAUGUGGGAGCAUUGCCUUGAAAAGGUGCUCAGCAGACAAAAUGCGAUCGCAUUGGAUCCUUCGUUAGACUGCUUCAGCAUCUCCAACCUAAUGUGUGUUUGUAUAUAUGUGUGGGAGGGGUUGGCAAAAAAACAAGACAGAUUUCCAUCCCGUGUGGACUAAUAAAGUCUAUCUAGUCUAGGACCAAGAUUAAUCUGAGUCUGAGAAACCAACCCUUAAAGUCCUCCUUCAGUGUAUGCCAGGGGUGGGCAACUGUUGGCAUGCAGGCCCACACAAAAAAAGAACUGUCAGGUUUACUGUUGAACACAGGUUGGUUAAUGGUACCUUAAUUGGGGAGGAUGGGCUCGUGCUAAUGGAAUGGUAUCAAACAUGGUUUCCAGGUGUUUGAUGCCAUUCCAUUUGCGCCGUUCCAUCCAUUAUU